CUUUGAGGUUUGGAUUAAACCUAAUUCAUUCAGUUAUUCACAGAAGAACUGAAUAAUAAGUGUAAUAACUUUGGUAAUGCUGGGUUGUGAGUUCUAAAAUCACAGACCCCUGGAGGUCCCCGGACCCCACUUUAAGAACCGCUGGACUGAGCGUCAUCGACAGCGACUAAAGUGUCCCCUUCAGGUCGCUGAGGAUGUCAUGCGUCCACAUGGAGAGAGCUCCAUCAGGAAGUCGCACUCCGUUUGCUUGAGGCUUUAAUCCGCUACAGGGAACUCCUGUUGGCUGCUCGACCCACGUGGUUCCUGGUCCUGUAUAAAAAGUUUCUGUCUAAAGCAGUACAAUGUUGCGAUCGCAAGGGGUUAACACGAGUGCAUCGCCGUCUCCAUGAAAGCGAUGAAGAACUACUUGGACAGCGUAAACUGGAAGACGACACUUCAGACAAAGAAAGACAGGACCUAAAACGAAAGGCGGAUGUCAAGCACACAUCUAUUGUGCUGUGGAAAAAAAAGUAGUGGCAUAUUUUUUAAUUUACUUUCAUUAUGUAUAUUUUGAACUGACUCUGCAACUUUAUCAGGCUAUAUACAUGGGCUUUAAUAGCAGUUGUUCACUCUGUAAUAUUGCUUCCAUAAUAAUUUCUCCAGCCAUGGCAUGACGCUGACGUGCCACCGAUGCCGAGACUUUAUCCAGUAGGACCCUUGGAGACAAUAAAGUCACCUUGUAGUAAGACAAAAACGUGAUUUUUGUCAAUCACUGAUUUGACUGACGAAGAGCUGAAGAUCUAAGACAAUGAUUCUUCCAUGAUUUCAUCCAAUUUCAAUGCAGUCUGUAAAUCAUCGCAUGGAAGAUCUUAGUGCAUCCUUACAGGAAGACUGGAUGUUACAACUUGCUCUUGCGCUCUGAACAUUCUCAUUCGGGACGAGCCUGAACCAUCUCUAAAACGAGCGAUCACAAGUUCUGUUCAUCCUCGAAGCGAAGACUCGUGACUCAUCUUUCUGUGCUUUCUUUCCUUUUUUCUUUUCCCCCCUUCUUUGUUGCUCUUAAAGAAUGAGAAAUUUCCUUUUCAAGGUGCUUUGUCUCAUAGCCUGCGUGCUGUCCGUGCGCUGCACGCCCGCGCCGGAAACCGAGGCGCACCCGACAGCGUCGCGCGAUUCGUGCGCUUCGUGCGGUCUCGCGCAGCCUGCCGACUCGGGGAGGAUGGACGCGGAGUUCGUGGAGGCGGUGAAGAGGCACAUCCUGACCAGGCUGCAGAUGAGGGACAGACCUAACAUCACUCAGCCCAUACCAAAGGCGGCCAUGGUGACCGCGCUGCGAAAGCUGCACGCCGGGAAAGUGAGCGAGGACGGCAGGGUCGAGAUCCCCGACGUGGACGGGCACGCGAGUCACGCCAAUGACGUCGAGGAGGAAACGUCAGAAAUCAUCAGUUUUGCAGAGACAGACGAUUUGCUGUCUUCAAAGUCCAGUCUUUUCUUCAUCAUCUCCAAUGAAGGCAACCAGAACCUCUAUGUGUCUCAGGCAAACCUGUGGCUGUACUUUAAACUUCUGCCUAGUGUGUUUGAGAAGGGCACUCGAAGGAAGGUCAUGAUUAAAGUGUACUAUCAGGAACCAGGCCUGGGUAGCAAGUGGAACUUGGUGGAGAAGCGCGUGGAGCUGAAACGCAGCGGCUGGCACACGUUUCCUCUUACUGAUGCUGUACAACUAGUGUUCUCCAAAGGUACACGAAGGCAGAACCUGGAUGUUCGGUGUGAAGGCUGCGAUGAGGCAGGUGUUCGGCCUGUAUUGGUGAACACAGGUGAUGAGUCGCAUCGGCCAUUCUUGGUGGUGCAGGCACGUGUAACAGACAGCAAGCACCGCAUCCGCAAGCGCGGCCUGGAGUGUGAUGGUACCAGUGGCCUGUGCUGUCGUCAGCAGUUCUACAUUGACUUCCGCCUCAUCGGGUGGAACGACUGGAUCAUUGCGCCAUCAGGCUACUUUGGCAACUACUGUGAGGGAAACUGCCCGGCAUACAUGGCUGGCGUUCCAGGGUCAGCGUCAUCAUUUCACACCGCUGUAGUAAACCAGUACCGCAUGAGGGGGAUGAGUCCAGGCUCCAUGAACUCCUGCUGUAUCCCCACCAAACUCAGCACCAUGUCCAUGCUGUACUUUGAUGAUGAGUAUAACAUCGUCAAGCGCGAUGUACCCAACAUGAUCGUAGAGGAGUGUGGAUGCGCUUGAGCGGCGAUUUUUUAAAGACUCGUAACUCUGUAAACGUUCAUUGAUGGAACGAAUUAUUGUAAAAUGAUAUUUAUGAACAGCUGGGUAAACAGUCACCUUGAUAUCCACACCACACACCCAUGCAUGCACAACUCUUUUGUACAUAUAUUUAUGUUGGUUAAUAUCUUCCUGCUAGACUCAUUUAUAUGUGAUAGUCUUAUUCUAAGAGCACAGGUUUGUACAGUAGGUGUUGACGUCAAAGGGAUGAGAAAGUUUUAUUACAGGUUAUUGCUGUUUCUUUGCUUCUCUCCUCUAAAAUGGCUGUGUUGGGAAAUUGAGAUGAGAGGAGCCUUAGGAAAGGGUCUUUCUCGCAGAAUUUCUCAACUAUGCCUCUUUCACUGUAUACAAAAGCACUGAGCAACUCCCCAUUUACUCCUUUCAACAGCAGCACUUCGCUUAACCACUCCAUUGGAAAACACGACAACCUAUCCAUUUAAGAGUCUCCAUCAAGCAGUAUUCAUCUGUCAGACUUUGUCAAACAACUGGCCCAUAUUGUCUAAGACAUGCUGUAUUCUCAAGUACUCAUGUUAGUGGGUCUUACUACAGCAGGACAUGAAUAGGCAUUUUUUUUCAUUACCUAGUACAAGGGCUUUUUAUAUAGCAGAAGACAUGAAUGUAGUUUUCUGUGACGCUUCAGUCCUGUCUAGAAUCCCUGCCUGUCUGUAACAGUGCUGUUUGCAGAAGAAAAAACACUUCCAAAAGUAGUUAAAAAGAACUGUAGUAUAUUACAUUUCUUUUCUCAAGUUGCCAUUUCUCAGUUGGCUAGGGGUGCAUCACACUUGCAAAAAAGAUAAAAUAAAUUUAAAAAAAUCCUAAAUGCACAUUUUAUAGCACUUGCUAAUUGAAAUGCCUUUAAAGGGUACCAAGUGGCACACCUGUGCUCGCUCACAAUCCUUUUUCAAAUAAGUGCCACAUGAACUAUGCAAUGUAUAGUACUGGCCCACUUCAGACAAACUAGCUAGUAGGUGUAUACUUUCUUUCAAUACUUGAAAUGUCUUUCGCUUCCUUCUCUGAAUGAAUGGUUAUGUUGUUUGCACUGAAAAAGUUGCAUUAUGAGUAAAAUAAAAUUAAAUAAAACUUGCCAUUGAAAUAAAAGUUAUUUUUAUAGACGUAAAAUAAAUUCUGUUAAAAUGUAUUAUACGGAAUCGUGGAACCAAAGAGGCCAAGAUUUUUCUUUAGCUAUUAUAAGAUGGCAAGACCAUCACAUUGUUAUGUAAUAAACAUUUUUUUGUUUUGAUCAUGUAAAAGGCCUAAACACUGUAUCAGGGUACCAUAUUAUGGAUUCCAUGUUCAGCUCAAUACUCUUUCUUUCUUAUUUUGUACAGUAGGUAAAUGGAAUAUUUCAUAUUUUUUCAUCAACUUUAAUAUUUCUGGGUUUCUAUUUAAUACUUCUAGUUCCUUUUGCAGAAUCAUUUAGAAUCAAAUACGUGCCACCUCUGUACAGCGUAUGUAAGAUAAAGAAUGCUUUUAAAUAUUUUGUUCUUUGUAACGAUUAUAAAUAAAUUCCUUAUUCUGCA